UUAUUACAUGAAUAUGAUGAAAUCUGAAUCAUUCAAUUUAUUAGUAAUAUCAUCAACGGUGAUCCCUAGCAUCAGCCACAACCUCGCGUGUCAUCUUCCAACACAUUUCCUCCACCUUCAUCUCUGCUAAUUCAGAUAUCCAAAAUCUGAACUCUGCAUCUCACUACAGGAGAAGAUGAGUACCCCUGCAGUGAAACUCGUUUCUGAAUGCUUCAUCAAGCCACAGAGCCCAAUCGAAGAGUCAAACCAGAUAUGCUAUCUAACACCUUGGGACAUAGCUAUGUUGUCUGUCCACUACAUCCAGAAGGGCCUUCUCUUCAAGAAUCCCGAAUCCAUUGAGAAUCAACCAGAUUUCAUGAACAAUCUCUUGGAUAACCUCAAACACUCACUUUCUCUUGCCCUUGUCCAUUUCUACCCACUUGCUGGUCGCCUUGUAACCCAGAAAACAGAAGAUCCUCCAUCUUAUGCAGUUUUUGUUGAUUGCAUAAACAGUCCUGGAGCUGGAUUCAUACAUGCAACUCUAGACAUGACCAUAUCUGACAUCCUCUUCCCUGUUGAUGUCCCACCUGUUGUUCAAUCAUUCUUUGACCACCACAAAGCAGUCAACCAUGACGGUCACACCAUGCCGUUGUUGACCAUCAAGGUCACUGAAUUAUUAGAUGGUGUUUUCAUUGGUUGUUCCAUGAAUCACUGUGUUGGUGAUGGUACUGCUUACUGGAAUUUCUUCAAUACAUGGUCUGAGAUCUUUCAAGCAAAAGCUCAAACAGGACAUGAUGAGUUUCAUUAUGUUCCCAUUUCACACCACCCCAUUCACAAUCGAUGGUUUCCCCCAGGUUGCAAUCGACUAAUCAACCUUCCCUUCAGACAUCAUGAUGAAUUCAUAGGCAGGUACGAAUCAACCAAAUUGAGAGAGAGAAUCUUCCAUUUUUCAGCAGAGUCUAUUGCAAAACUGAAAGCAAAGGCUAACUCAGAAUCAAAAAGUAACAAGAUCUCUUCAUUCCAAUCCUUAUCAGCAUUUGUUUGGAGAUCAUUGACCCGUGCACGCCAUCUACCACAUGAUCAGAGAACAAUUUGCAGGAUGGCGGUGAACAACCGAACAAGAAUGGAACCGCCUUUGCCUCAUGAAUACUUCGGAAACUCACUUCAUGCAGUUCAUGCUGAAGCAAAAGCAGGGGAGGUUCUUGAGAAGGAUCUUGGAUGGGCAGCAUGGAAGCUGCAUCUGGCGGUUGCGAACCACGGCGAUGCGGCGGUGCAGAAGUAUGUUAAAGAGUGGUUGCAGUCUCCGAUGGUGUAUCGACUUGAUCUGUUUCUGGAACCGAAUAUUGUGAUGAUGGGUAGUUCACCGAGGUUCAACAUGUAUGGGAAUGAAUUUGGAAUUGGGAAAGCUGUGGCGGUUAGAAGUGGUUAUGCAAACAAGAGUGAUGGGAAGGUGACUUCAUAUCCAGGUAGAGAAGGAGGGGGAAGUGUAGAUUUAGAAGUGUGUCUUUUGCCGGAAACAAUGGCGGCACUGGAAUCAGAUGAAGAGUUCAUAAGCAUAGCUUCAGUGUGCAAUCCCCUGUACUAGGUAAGAAACAUUUACAGAAGAAAAAGAACAACAUGGUAGUGGUUCAUCAAGGAUUAGAGCAAAGUUAUCACAUGUGACAGGUUCAAUUGUCUAAAAGAUUGCAUAACAUAUAUAUGUACAACGUACCUUAAGAAAUGUAUCCUUAUUUAAUGGGUGUGAAAAUUCUUGAUAAAAUCAUGUUAAGAGAAGAUAUGACAGCACCAACAUUUUAGAGAUAACUAUUCUGGUAAGGUGUACAAUUAUGAUUCUGGAUGCUUUUUCCUUUUGGUAAUACUUUGGGGGCUUGAGGCCAUGACCAGUAUUAAGACUGCGAAAUUUGUAAUGUUAAGAGUGGAAUGACUCAGAUUCUUGCUAUUCAAUGUAGUAACAGAAUUGGUUUUAAAACAAA